UUUCACGUGUGAACGUUUCUAUCUUAUUAUAUUUACAAAUAUAACAAUAACACGCAUAACGAUUUGAUAAAAUAUGAGUUUUAAACCCGAACAAAAUUUUACAUAUAAUAUUUAUUCUAAAGUGAAAUGACUUAAUUGUUUAAAUAUGAUGUAUACAUUGGAUCAUUUAGCAACAUUUUCUUGUGGGCAAAAUCAAGGUCUUCAUCACCCCUUGGAUGCCGUAAACAAGUUGCGCUUGCUCGAAAAAUCGAGCGGCAUAUGGACCCAACGAAUGAAGAUCAAGCUCGACAAGAAAGAUCUACACAUUUGCAGUUUCGAAGAUGCGAUAAGUAUAGAACGUUUUCCUCUUAGCAAAGUUCUAGAACCCACGGCAGUAAUCACUGAAGAUCCCAACGAAAUUUACAAUAACAUCCUCAUGUUUACCGUGCUACAAGAAUCUAAGAAAAAGCUCAACCCGCUUUCCGAAAUCCAUUUAUUUCAAUGCAUAUCCGUUUCGGCUCAGGAAAUAGUCGACGAAAUAAAUCGCUUAAAAUCCGGCUCAAAAAUCAAAAAAAGCCCUAAAAGCUAUUACGUUCCCCCUCAAAUGAUGAGCGGUAGCAAAUCUAUGAUAAACAUUAACGAAUUAUCGUCCAACAACCUUAACAUUAGCUCAAAUUUUAACAACCAUCACGCCACAAAUUUUUCCAACCAUAACGGCUACCCGACACUCCCACCCUUUUAUAAUGGCAACCACCAUUUAUCUAACAAUUUUCGACACAACGCAAGUUUUUCCAGCCUACACUCGCCCCUGACAUCUGUCGAUCCCUUACAUCGCGAGAGAAAUUUUGGCGCCCCCCGUUCUAACGGUUACGGUCCCGGUAGGGUUAAAAGCAAUCUGGACCUGAGAGAAAGGACCGGACAAACGCGCUUCGAAAAAAGAUUCGACGAAGAUAAGGAAUAUCAGAUGCAACCGAGGGAAAGUAUUUAUAGUUAUUCUUCCCAUGAUAUAGAUGGAGCGGAAUCGGUGGCCAGUCAGCAAACGGAACACGAUGUGAUGAUGUUAAACCACUGUUUCGACGAUAUAGAAAAUUUUAUCUCUAAACUACAACAUUCGAACGCUGCUCUCAGGGAAUUGGAAAAACGAAAAGUUAUUAAGAAGAAUAGCAAGAAUUUGUCUGGAAGUGGAAUGUUGAGCCUAAGGGCUAGACCGCCCUCAGAAUCGGAAUUCGUCGAUAUUUUUCAAAAAUUCAAGCUCGCUUUCAACCUUCUAGCUCGGCUCAAGAGUUGUAUUCACGAUCCCAACGCUCCGGAACUCGUUCAUUUUUUGUUUCGGCCUCUGGAAAUGAUUGUUCAGGCUUUAAGACAAAUAAAUUAUGGUUCAUCAGACCUGACGCAUCACAUAGUUACACCGUUGUUAACUAACAGAGCUAUAGAUCUACUCAGGAGUUGUUUAAACAGCAAGGAGACCGAAUUUUGGCAUUCGCUGGGAGAGGCUUGGAAUUAUCCUCAGGACCAUUUUAGGGGAUAUUCUCGUUCCUUCUCACCCAUAUUCCAAGAUGGUUGGCAGACUCGGUAUCAAACUUCGGAAGGUGAUAAAAUGAGCGAAUCUGAAUCCUUAAAAGACCGGAAAUAUUUUGAACCAGCUCCGCGUUCCCCUAUGCCACCACCCGUUCCUUCAUCCGCUUCCUUUUUUUCCGACAACCACGAAUCGGCGACCAAUCACAGAGCUACUAACGGUAAAUCCAUUCACCGGAAUGGCUCAGAAAAGAUCGCCAAUCAUAAUGGCGGAAAUUUCUCCAACCACAACGGAAACGUUCAAGGUUAUAACGGAAAUUUUUCAAAUGGGACAAGCAUAGUGGCAGUGGAAAGAGGAGGCAUGAGUGGCGACGAAAUUGAGAAAAGGAAAAGGUUUAUGGAAUUCUUGAAGGAUACUCGCAGUAAAUCUUACGAAGUUAUGUUUGAUAGGGAAAGCAAGCACGAAAAAGAACUUAGCGUUCACAAAGGGGAAGUUAUUCAAAUUUUAGAGGAUAACCGCAAUUGGUGGAAAGCUCGGAAUCAUAACAACGAUAUAGGAUAUGUUCCUUACACGAUACUUAGGCCUUAUUCAUAUCUGGAUUGAAUACCUAUUUUUGUUGCACCUUCUUUCUUUUUUUUUAAAAAAAUUGUGUUCUUAAUUUAUUAUGGGAAUUUCAUGUAAGAAAUCAUCGAAAGAAUUUUCUUUUAAAAUUUUUAUACAAAUGUUCUGUUUUUUAAAAAAUUACUCCGUCCUACACUUUUUUGCAUCAAAUAUUCCCUCCAUCCAUCCCUGCAAAGAAGUCUUUUAAAUAGUAUGUUAAGAUAAAUGCCAAAUUGAUAUAUUUAUAAAGCUCUAUACCUAUGUAUUACACAAACGACACCCAAAAUAUAAUAAUCAAUAUAUAUUUUUUGUAAUAUUUAAUAUAACAUAUUUAUUUUUAUUUAAUUUUUAAAAAAAUAUCAAAUAAUAAAUUUUUUCAACCCAACAUACUAAAUCAUGUACAUUUUUAAAAUAAAAAUUUAUAAUAUUAUGGACAAAACUAAAUUAUUGGUCUAAUUUUAAAUCUUAAAAUCUUGUAUUUUGAACUAUAUUUUUUGUACAUAAACAACAAUACUUAAUCAUAAAAUAAUUAUUUUU